AUGAACGUUGGCUCAGUGACUCGAAAUGUCAUAUUGGAGAAUGAACGUUGGCUCGGUGACUUGGGAGGAAUUGAGAUUAAACGAGCAACCUUGGUGAAGAUCUCUCUGAUAUUUGGAGAUGGCAAAGAGUGUGGCUUUGGCUUGUCUUUGGCUUGUUUCUUGGGUCUGUUUCUUGCAUUUGCAGCGGCAGAUCAUAGCCCGCUGCAGGAUUUCUGUGUCGCUCAAGCUGGCGGUUCGGUGUUUGUGAGAUGGCAUGGCUUGCAAGGAUCCCAAACAGUUAAGGCAAAUGACUUCUCCUUCAGCGGGCUCCAUCUUCCGGGCAACAAGUCGAACCCUGUCGGCUCGAGGGUCACGCCGGUGACUGUGGCUCAGCUACCUGGACUCAACACCCUCGGCAUCUCUGCAGCGCGCAUCGACAUUGCACCGUGGGGAAUCAACCCGCCCCACAUUCACCCCGCGCCACCGAGAUUUUGCUAG